AUGGAAGAAGUGAGAAAUCAAAAGGUGAUCUUUAAGGAUUACGUUAAUGGCUUCCCCAAGGAAUCAGACUUGAUCCUUACAACUUCUGCCACCGUCCCCCUCCAGCUCCCGCCACAAGGAUAUGGAGUAGCUAAAGUUGUAGAAUCAGGGCAUUCAAACUUCAAGAAAGGUGAUCUAGUUUGGGGAUUCACUGGAUGGCAACAAUACAACAUUAUCACAGCUCCUGAUAUCCUAGUCAAGAUUCAACAUACAGAUGUCCCUCUUUCCUAUUAUACAGGAAUCCGUGGGACCGCAUGGAAAGAAACCCAAACAAAAAGUGAUUCUGAUGAAACUUCGGGUCUCUACAUAAUAUGCACGAUGGUGUCCAUAAACAUUGCAGUUUAUCUCUUUGAAAUUGCAAGUCCAAUAAAGAACUCGGAUCUUGAACUCUUUUCACUUCCAGCACUCUAG